UCUAUCUGAUUCAAGAGCAUUCCCCAGCGCCAUUAGACCCACACAACUUCAAGGAAUUCUUUUUGACGACCUCCAACCAAAGCACUGAGACUAGUCCAAGGAUUUCCUGUUUGCCAAGAAAGUCUCUAUACCGUCGCCUUGUUAGUAACUUUUAGGUGGCGGCAACAAUGGCUGUACCGGAGCUGACGCAGCAGCAAACGGCGAAGCUAGUUCUGCUAGGAGAGAUGGGCAGUGGAAAGUCGUCCUUGGUUCUCAGAUACGUCAAGGGGCAGUUCUUUGAUUACCAAGCUUCUACGGUGGGAGCUGCUUUCCUGACAAAAACGUUGCCCGAGCUAAACGUGAAGUUUGAAAUAUGGGACACGGCCGGUCAGGAGAGGUAUCACAGCCUAGCUCCUAUGUACUACCGGGGAGCUGCAGGAGCUAUCAUUGUCUUUGAUAUCACCAGCCCAGACUCGUUUGUCCGGGCGAAGUCUUGGGUGCGCGAGCUGCAGCGCCAGGGCAACCCCGCCAUGAUUAUGGCACUUGCAGGGAACAAGGCUGACCUGGAAAUGCAGCGCGCUGUGAGCACGGAGGAGGCGCAGGCGUAUGCAGCGGAGAAUGGGUUGUACUACCUGGAGACGUCAGCAAAGACAGCCGCGAACGUCAACCAGCUCUUCGAGGAGAUUGCACGAAAGCUGCCGAAGCCGGAGACAGCUCCGCGGCCACCGCAAGGCGGCAUUGUGCUUUCGGAGAACCUGCGACUGGAGAACCAGGGGGCCAAGAAGAGCACGUGCUGCUAAAGGCAGUGGGGUUUACGGAGGAGUCAGGAGGGGUGACGUAUGCAGGAGCGUUUGGCAUGGUUUCCGUCAUUGCACGCAUGCUUCUGGCACCGACUCUUUGCAUUUUUGUGACUGUGGAGGGGAAAGGGAUUCUUACCAUGUAUUUGAAGGGCUGUUGCAAGCGGUAUUAUGCUUGCAGUGGCUGGUCUCUUGGCAACCCGGCAGGUAUGAAGAGUGGGUGUGUUACGCUGUAGGUUUCCCGUAGGGUCGCAUUCGUUAGGGGUCAUAGGCGGGAUGGGAAAGCGUAGGGCCAGGACAGCUGGAGGUUACUCCACGCUGCUGUACAGUAACAAUAACUGCUUGCGUAGAGCCACACGCUUUGCGGCAGUUGUUUAGACAUAGUGAAGAGAGCGCUGUGAGAGCGAUUAGCUGCCUUGGUGUGGCUCAAUAGUACUUCGUUGCUGACGGUUGGUCGUCAAUGCACGCGUGUAAGGCUGUGGCGUUGGUAGCGAUGGGGCGCUACGCUCCCUUCACCGCGGCUUGCAACGAGAUCUGUUCUUGGUUCGUAUGGGUUUCACGCACCGGAGGAAGUAUUACAAUCGUUGGAAGCUUUCACGGUCUACGGGUUCUAUAAGGUGUCGCAAUAAACUGAGAAGGGUUGUGGCGCCACCUGAGGAGGCUGUGCCGCAUGGCCAACCAUGGCUUAACCGGCGGGGGAACAGCGCCUGUACGCU